AUGGGAGUAGAUCAGGAGGCAGCUGUGUCUCGGUGUGUUUCGAAACUCCGACAGGACACCAGCUUGUUGGCCAGCAGGCGCGGAGUAGGAGUUGUGGUGGCUGCGCGUGGUUUAGAGUGUUGCGUGGUUGCCAAGGAAUAUCCGAAGCAUGUCCAGGCUUGCUUCAUCAUGGUUUCAGCUGUUUCACCCGCAGCCAAUCUGAACCAACCAGCCCCUGGCGAAGAUCCGACAAUGGAGGUUCGUGCGCAGAGGCGUGUUGACAAGAGAACCCCGGAAAAGAAGAUCAAGAGGGAAGACAAGAUAGAAAACGUUGGCUUGAAAACGCAUUCGUUUACUUUUGAUAUACUGAAAAUCUAUCAACCCAGGGGGAGCUGGCUCCAAAAUUCACCACUCCCAAUACCACUCCUACUCCUACUGCCUCAAUCCAUGGAUCGAUACAUCAGUCGAUCCGACAAGCCCCACUCUCUCAUUUGA